UGUACGGUCUAAGGAUCUUUGCCUGUUCCAUCACUGAAAAGGAAAUGGACGAAUAUGGGGAAAAAAAAAUUUAAAGUAUUUUGAAUUUCAUUGGCGUUGAUCUUCAUGAUAAAAUAAUCUUAAAUAAAACUUUAAGAUUAUUUUAAAAUAUUACUAAGGUAAGGUAAUAACUAUAUAGGAUAGUAAAGCUAUUGGCUUCACACAAAGAAACCAUUAUAAAUAAAAAAAGAGAUGAUUCAACAUAUGAAGCCAAAAAUAAAGCUUGGGUCGAAUUAACCAAUGAUUAUAACUCAUCAUCGACAAUAUGUAGGUAUACAACAUAGUGAUAUGGAUAUUGUGCAUAGUAUUCAAUGUACUGAAGAUAUCAAUUAGAAGAUAAAAGAGAAGAUGAAGGACUCAAAAGAAUGUACCAAAGACCAUGUACACCCAGAGUCUAAUAAGUGAUUUAGUGAAUGUGCGAGAUGGCUUAGCGUCGAGCGAGAUUAUUUUCCUUCCACCUACAAGACUACUGUGUAUUGGAAGUGUACCGCUUACUUCGUCCAGCUCUGGGAGGAGUCUAUUGCGAGGGGUGCAGAGAAAGAAGCCAAACACAAGCGAGCCACCCAAAUAUACUAUGACACUGGUCCGUCGGAGCGCCCGCCUCAGUACUUCCAUACGCGGAGCUAUCUAUCUAUCCUGCAGUCCCAGAACUUUCCCGCUCACGAGGUACAUAGUGUAUACCAAUCGCGUUCCCGCAUCAGAGUCCCGACCCGAUAUACUCGGCACUGCUGCGGAACAUAACCCUACGGUUGAGCUCUCCAGAAGUCCAUGCCAUGCUCAACUCAGACCACCGACCGGUAACCUCUUCUUAAGUCACAAGCAUCGCGUCGACCUCACCGAAUAUCUCUCACCAGUCACGCUUUAUGAGAUCCAAAAGCUAGUUAAACAGCUACCUAUCAAAAAGUCGCCCGGUUCUGACGACAUGUCCAACAGACUACUUAAAAGUCUGCCCUCCCGACUCUUACUUCUGCUCGUCGCUAUUUUUAACGCGGCGUUGUCUAAAGCCCUAUUUCCAGACAGUUGGAAAGAAGCCGUGGUCAUUGGUAUCCCCUAGCCCGCUAAAAAUAACUCCAAGCCCUCCAAGUUACCGCUCUAUCAGCCUCCUCAAAAAAAACCAUAGGCAAGCUGUACGAGCGACUCCUUCAUGUUGAUGUAAUCAUCUUUCACUGGUGCUCCGCCAGUAAAAACCGUUAGCGCAGGUAGGUGCACCAUUCCAUUAUCAUCCUUUAAAAAACAAAAAAAAACUCCUCGUCCGCCUAAAGGAGUUUAUACACUCCAAGAGCGUAAAGGACACAGUUCUAGAAGCUGUGUACAUCAAAAUAAUAAUUCCAAUUAAAUAUGCCUAGUCAGACAAAUUCAAUGUUGUCUACUAAGCACUGCCGUGUCUAUACUGUGUCACCCCACCUUACAUUUUCCUAUUGUCAUUUAGUAUAUAAGAUCAAUAUUUAUAUGUACAUAUGCCAAUAUCAUCUGUAAUAUAUAUCGUCUUCGGCCAAAGCAUCCACUACUAUUCUCACAUGAAAUACCUCGGAUUCCUUAGCGUCGACCCCAUCAAACGAGUCCACGACCGGGCCGCUUUGUUACUAGGGCGACUCUACCCCAAACACAAUCAAAUAUCGCUUCGUAAUAAGCUGAUAUUAUACAAGGCUUUCAUCCAUCCAAUUAUGACUUACGCCAAACCCGUAUUCGCUCAUAUAGCUCACUAUCUCAUCAAUAAGUUGCAAAUAGUGCAAAAUAAGUUUCUGGGUCGAACCACUGGUGCGCCGUGGGUUUGUUCAUUUCUUUUUAUUUAAUGUACUGUCUGAAAUUUUGUUUUAUUAUUUCAAGCCUGUGUAAUAUUUCUGAAAUAAAUGUAAUUGAC